AUGGAACGACGUGCGCCCUCGACUCUCGCAAGCUCAUCCUCUCGAGACAGCAUCCGCCGACGCUCCAGCGCAGCGCAUACUACGCCUCCCGACAUACUAUCUCGCCGUUCUACAGUCACCCUCAUCAGCAAUGCCCACGCCAAAGUCCCACUCACGCCACAACUCCCGCCCUUCGUCUGUCUGAACACUGCUACUACAUCCACGAACUCGAGUCACUAUCACAGACUACCUCCCGGACUGGGCGCCUCGCAUGAUCCCCCCAUCGAGGACGUCCCUCUGACCCCUCGCCUUUCACCACCACGUCCGGACCCACCUCGCCCUUCGCCACCACGCCAUACCCGACACGAGAACCCCUCGCUCGUGCGCCUCCCCACACCUGACUACCCUCAACCUUCUUCUCGCUCCGUCCUCUCGCGCGGCUUCAGCUUCAUCACCUUCCGAUCAGUGCCUCAACAAGUGAACUCGUUCUUCACGCUCUCGCCAGCGACCAGCAAGAAUGAUAUCCGCGCCUCUCGUAGCAGAUCGUCUCGAAGCAGCAAGCCCUCUCGUGCUAGCAAGCCUUCCUCGCGCGCUGGCAGCAGUAGCGAACACGGCGCCCUCCUCCCUCCGACGAUCACUACCGAGAAGUUCACGCAGAAAUGGCCUCGCCCUCGUCCCUUUCGCAAGGGCGUGGAGGUCACGCUGGCGCAGGUAGCGGAGGAUGGCCGCGGACUCGGCAUGAACAGCGUCGACAAAUGGACGAAGUACAAA